CGACCCUCUGUCGUUCAUGUUUGAUCUGGUUUUGCUUUAGUUCUUUCAUAGUUUGUUCGGCAGUAGCUAAAAUGGCAAGAACGAAGCAAACCGCACGUAAGUCCACCGGCGGCAAAGCACCCCGAAAACAACUUGCUACUAAGGCAGCACGCAAGAGCGCCCCCGCCACUGGUGGAGUGAAGAAGCCUCAUCGGUACAGGCCUGGUACGGUAGCUCUGCGAGAGAUUCGUCGCUACCAGAAAUCCACCGAACUACUUAUCCGUAAAUUGCCUUUCCAGAGACUGGUGAGAGAGAUUGCCCAGGAUUUCAAGACCGAUCUCCGAUUCCAGAGCUCCGCUGUCAUGGCUCUGCAGGAAGCCAGUGAGGCUUACUUGGUCGGUCUUUUCGAAGACACCAACCUGUGUGCCAUCCACGCCAAAAGAGUGACCAUUAUGCCUAAGGACAUUCAGCUGGCUCGCCGAAUUCGUGGGGAACGCGCCAUACCCCAGAGAUCUAAACUAAACUACCUCCUAGACAAUCCUGUUGGCUUAGAUGAAGAAACCCUCAAGAAAGAAAGAGCAUCAAUGGAGGGAGACGUGAAAAAGAGAGGCAUUAACCUGAGUGUCUUAAACUCCAAGAUGGUCUUCCUUGAGAAGAAAGAAAAUUGUACAGGAUCAGCUAAUGCCGGUGAAAUGGCAAGGACGAAGCAAACAGCUCGUAAAUCUACUGGUGGCAAAGCCCCCCGAAAGCAGCUCGCCACUAAAGCUGCCCGCAAGAGCGCUCCCGCCACCGGUGGGGUAAAAAAACCUCACAGGUACAGGCCCGGCACAGUAGCUCUGCGAGAGAUUCGUCGCUACCAGAAAUCCACUGAACUGCUUAUCCGCAAGUUGCCUUUCCAGAGACUGGUGAGAGAGAUCGCUCAGGAUUUCAAGACCGAUCUCCGUUUCCAGAGCUCCGCUGUCAUGGCUCUGCAGGAAGCCAGCGAGGCUUACUUGGUCGGUCUGUUCGAAGACACCAACCUGUGUGCCAUCCACGCUAAGCGAGUGACCAUCAUGCCCAAAGACAUUCAACUGGCACGCCGAAUUCGUGGGGAACGCGCUUAAGUCGCCGAUCUUCGGGUUAAU